AUGCCGUAUUUAACAAUCGAUACAAACGUGCCUCGAGAACAAGUUACAGUGGAAUUUUUAAAGAAGGCAUCGAGUACAGUGGCUAAAGCACUUGGAAAACCAGAAAGUUAUGUGUCUGUCCAUGUGAAUAGCGGACAGUUGAUGACCUUUGGUGGUUCCACGGAUCCAUGCGCUGUUUGUGUUCUGAAGUCGAUUGGAUGCGUUGGUGGCAGUGUCAAUAAUUCACAUGCUGAAAAAUUGUUCAGUUUACUGAGUGCUGAUUUGAAGAUUUCCAAAAAUCGCUGCUACAUUGAAUUUGUUGACAUAAAAGCAUCCGAAAUGGCUUUCAAUGGACGCACCUUUGGAUAA